AUUGCCUCUACAUCCGUCCUUAACCCCGGGAGUGUCUAUUUACCAACAUCUUCCUACGCUGACCACAUUUCUUCCACAUCGUACUUUCGAGCGACACAAAACAUCACCACCAAAAGAAUACUCACAAUGCCCGCUUUCUGCCAACACUGCUACGAACUUCCCGGCGAGCUCAAGGGCAAGCCCACUGGAACCGAGGUCGAGAUCGGUGGAGUUCCCUCCUACGUCUCUACCCCUCAGACUGGCAAGGGCACCAUCCUCCUCGCCACUGACAUCUACGGUCUGGGAAUCUCCAAUGCAAAGAUCGUCGCAGAUACCCUUGCCCAAGAGGCCGGCUUCACCGUCGUGGUGCCUGACUACUUCGAGGGCGAGCCAAUGAAGCCUGAGGAAUUUGUCUUCCCGAAGCACACUGAUGAGGGCAAGCCCAGCGACGAACAGAUGGGUGCCAACAUGGACAACAUGACCAAGUGGGUUCAGAAGGGACACUCUCCCAAUGAGACAUACCCCAUCCUCAAGAAGGUCAUUGACGCCGUCAAGGGAGACGGACCCGUCGGUGUUGUAGGCUUCUGCUACGGAGGCAAGAUUGCUGGUCUGGCUGCCCAAGACGCUCUGGUGCAGGGUUCUGUCAUCUACCAUGCUGCUAUGCUCGAGGCUGACGAGGCCAACAACGUCAAGGUGCCUGUCCUGCUGAAUAUGGCCGACUGGGACCCCACCUUCAAUGGAGUCGAGGAGCAAUGGCAAGAGACUCUGAAGAAGAAGAACCUCCUCGACUCUCGCUCGAAGAAGUACCCAGGCACGAUCCACGGCUUCGGCGCGCGCCCAAGCCAGGACAAGCCCGAUGUCAUGGCUGCCUACAAGGAGGCCUUGACGAACACUGCUCAGUUCUUCAAGCAGGUGCUCGUCUAAACUGUCAACCGAAAACGGAGGGGGACGCUGGAGAUUGUGCAAUUGGAAGACCAAAUGACAAAAAUUAUCAUGUCCUUCUGCUGCUUCUGAUGCCUGCCUGCUGCAUC